AUGCCCCCAGCGCGACGCGAGCGCAGUGCAUUGCACGUGCAAGGCGCGCUGGCCGUAGCCGCGGUCGCCAUUGUAGGCGGGCUUGUUUGGCGGUGGCUCAGCAGCAGAGAGGGCCAGCCGCGGAGCGCUGCGCGACAAGCGCGCAGAAACCCGUCGCUGAGUGUAUCGUUUCCCAUGGACGCCGCGCUUGUGCGCGCACUGGAGACGGACCCUGCGUUGAAAGCAUCUGUCGAGCUGCUUUUCCAUACACUUGCGCCACUGUACACUGCGUACGCACUUUUUGCCGCGCCUACAGGGCACACAUUGCCGCUCGAGAAUGUAGAUGCGCUGCACAUCCUGCCGUACUCUACCGCGGAAGGACGCGCGAUGCUUGCACGGGCUUUGCAGUGCCAAGCACACCUGGAGCUUGUUUUUGUGUGUUUGGACGGGGAUAUUCAGCUUGGAGACGGCCCCGCAGAGCUGCACGCCUACCUUGGACGCCUGGAGCAGCUCGCACGCGCCGUCGAUUCGCUCCACGUUGCGCUUGUGCCGGGGCCGGUUCCUGGAGCGAACAUGCGCGCUUCGGCGUUCGUGCAAGCAUGGGAGGCACACGCUGUGUCCAAGCAGGCAAAUACCGCCCUGUUGCGCUGUGCUACGUGGGAUGACCUGGCUGCAGAGAUGGCGGCGCAGCGCGCGGCGUGGGGCUAG